UUCUUUUCCUGCCUUUCCCAGCCAUUCCAGGAAGAACCAUCCCGAGGUGACCCCAAAUUCACCCAUAUUUACCCAAAUUCACCGAGAACGAGGAUUUGGCUUCUCCCAGCUAUUGGGCCAUGGGUCACAGUCGCUUUGAAUAAUUUCCAACUCGUUCAGCUCCACACCAAACAGGAAAUGAAAGGCUGUGGGGUGAAGAUCUUCCUGUCACCACCUGCUCUGAACAUCGGGGCGGCAGAGGCUCCGUGAUCCCGGGAUGGGCUCAGGCACUUGGCUCUGGCUGCUCCUCACUCUCGGAGCUCUUUGGGGGAUCGGAGCCAAGAAAACGCAGAUUGGAAUUUUGGGAAAACCGACGCUCCUGGAGAUCCCCCGUGAGUUCCAGGAGCGCACUGAGGAAUUCAGGGAAGCCUCCUGGAAAAAAAUCGUGGAGGGGUCACCGACUAAGAAAUUCCUGCUGAAGAUUUCCAGUGUGAAUUUGACGGAGUUUGAGCCGGAGCGGAUGCGUUUCCACAGGGAGGAUUUUUCCCUGGAAAUCCUCAACACCAGCCGGGAUGACGGGCGGCUCUACGAGUACAGCGUCAACAAGGGCUCAGAGGAGGAGCUCUGGCUGAUCCAGCUGCAAGUGUUCGAGCCAGUGGCCAAUCCCAUCAUCCGGAUCCUCCAUCGGGAAUCGUCCAACAGCAGCUGCUCCCUCACCCUCCUCUGCACCUCGGAGCGGGGGGAUGAGGUUUCCUACAGCUGGGACAGCCGGGACAACGGGACCGGGGGGAUCUGCUCUGGGAACAGCAGCAUCCUGAACAUCUCCUAUUCCCUACGGAGCCCCGGCUUCCGCUGCGUCUGCACCGCCAGGAAUCUCGUCAGCAGCCUGGACGUGGCUUUCGACUCUUCCCAGUGUGGCUUCGAGCAGUGGGGUGGCCCCCGGGUGAGGACAGAGCUCCUCGUGCCGCUGGUGGUUCUCGGUGUCAUCGUCAUUGUCAUCAUCAUCGUCAUCAUUGUCACCUUCAGGGCCACUCGCUCAGCCAAACGUAAGUUUUGGGGGUGCUGGAGUGACCAGGAUUCUUCCCAGGUCACUCUGGAUGGUGCCGAUGGUGCCACCAGUGCCACCAUCUAUGCCCAGGUGCAGCGGCCCCGAAAGCCCAAAGGGACCGUCCCCAACGCCACCCCCCUCUCGUGCACCACCAUCUACACCGCGGCCACCGGGCCACCCCUGGCCACCAACGGAGCCCCCCGCUCCCCAAACCCUCGGAGACACCCCCAGGUAAAGGGGACUCCCACCACGGUUUACGCCAGCGUGACUCUCCCCGUGGCCUGAGGCUCUCCUGGGAUCUGCUGAUCCCUGGGGGAUCCUUUGGGAAUCCCGGAGCAGCCCCAGAGGAAUCGGGGGCAGAGCUCUCUGGUGUGUCCGGUGUGGUGGCCGGAGCGCUGUGGGAUGGACAUUGGUAAGAAACCUCCCCUGGACGUGGUGGAAGAAUUCCAGAGGGAUCCUGGAGGGGUGGGAGAAGGGAGAGAGGUUCUGGAUGCACCUCGGAGCUGGGAAUGCAGGAGGAUCCCAAUGGGAAUGGUCACCAGUGACCCCAGGAAUGGUCACCUGUGACCCCAGGGAUGGUCAUUCCCACAUUUCUGACCCCGAGACUGGUCAUUCCCACUCUUGUGACCUUGGGAAUGGUGUCGGGAUUGGGACUCCGACCUCAUCCCUGUGGAAUUUCACACCAGAAUCUCAUCCCGAUCCUGGAUCCUGAUUUCCCAAAGGAGCCUGCAAGGAAUUCAAAGAGGAAAAACAAGAACUGGUUUUAUUUUGGGGGGGCUAUGUUGUUGUUUGUUUGUUUGUUUGUUUGUUUUGUUUUGAGCUCUGGGAUGGGUCAAAAAUACCAAAUCUGCUGGGAUUUGGCCCAAGGGGUGAGGAAUUUUGGCAACCUCUCAGUGGGAGCAGCCACUCCCCCACCUUCUUCCCUAUUCCCAAAACUUCCCUAUUCCCAUCCUUUCCCACUGAUUUGAGGGACUUUUUAAUCCCAAAACAUCUCAGUUAUCGACAGGUCCGAGUUUGUGGA